UUCGACGAAUAUUUAAUGGAAUUAGUUCGUUCACACUCAGAGCUGUACAACAUGAGUGAUCGUAGAUACAGUGAUUCCAUUAGGAAAGAAUCACUGUGGAAGGAAACUGGAUUAGAGAUGGGGCGUCCAGGCCAUGAAUGCAAGCGACGAUGGGUGUCACUGAGAGACCAGUUUAGAAAAUUUGUUAAUAAAAAGACAAAGAGUGGCCAAGAUGCCAUAUCUAAUAAUGUGUGGAAGUAUGAGGAGGUUAUGGCUUUCUUGCAUCCACACAUUUAGGAGCAGGAAACAGUUACUAAUGUGACUGCUGACAUUUGUUCAGACGAGGAAGAAAACAUGGAUAUGUCUUCAUCGCCUAUUCUGGGCAGUGAAAGUGACAGUGAUUCGAGGCCAGAGACAAUUAAUGUGCAAAAGUGUAGAGCAAGAGGCAUAAGGAGGAGAACUGCAGAAUAUGCUUCAGCUUCUCUGAUGAAUUAUAUUCUAACAACACAACCAAAACAAGAUCAUAUUGACAGUUUUCUUUCAGGGAUAAGUGUCAGUAUAAAAACAUUG